CAGUGUUUGUUAUCGGAAGAUCAAGGACGAAAAGACAGUACGAGGCCACCGAAAACCUCCCUCGUACGGGGAGGGUCGGGCCAGGCCCGAAUGGCCCUGAAAAGGAAGCCGUGCCCCAGGCCUCGGGGGAUUUCGAAGUCAACUAACGUACCCGCAAGCCAAUCAGACGCCUGGACAUAUAGUACGACAACGCCUAUCGCCAGAAAGUUCGAGGCACAUGGGAUAGCCUAUCAUACACCAAACAUCAGAUCAUCCUGCAUAUCUCAACAUCGUAUCUCGCACGAAGAGAAUAUACCUUCCCCAAAUCGAUGAUUCACACGAACAUCUCCAUGCUCUCCGUGAAUGACCCGGCUUGUCUAGUCAUCAAAAUGGCAUAUAAAAACAGUGCCCCCAACAGCCCAGUUACCAUAUUGACAAUUGAACAACGUCCUCUUCUCCUCAAUCUCAAGGAUCAAUCUCUUCUUCAUGGACAUCGCCCCUAAAACAAUGGAAGACAAGACUAUCUUUACCGAAGGUUCGGUAGCCUCCACCCGUGAGGCCGCACUAGGGGGCACAUCACGACUUACCUGGGGCCAAAAAGCUAGCCAACUCAAAACAUACCUCGCCUCGAGAGAAGCAUGGUUGGGAGACUACGACUAUUGGUAUCUGGUCACCCCAAACAUACCGCCCUUCAAUCGGCGGUAUAAAGACAAGGCCAUCCCAUUCUACGGGCUGCAUGACCAAGUCCCAAUACUUCUCACCAUCAUUCUGGGGCUACAGCAUGCCCUGACAAUGAUUGGAUCGGUCGUCUCACCACCCCUGGCAAUUGCGUCUGGGGCAUUCAACCUACCCUCUGAGCAGGUGUCGUAUCUGGUGUCUGCUGCGUUCAUCACGACUGGCAUUGCAACAGCCCUUCAAGUUACUCGGGUACAUCUCAAAGGCACACCGUUCUUCAUCGGUACCGGCCUUUUGUCAGUCGUCGGCCCGACUUUCGACAUCCUACCCAUCGCAUUUUCAUACACCAGCAUGCGAUAUAGCAACGGCACGUGUCCAACCGCUGCAGAUGGAACUCAACUUCCAUGCCCAGAUGCCUGGGGUGCAAUACUUGGCACCAUGCUAUGUACAGUGCUGGUUCAGCUGCUGAUGUCCAUGGUGCCUCCGAGGUUGCUGAACAAGAUCUUUCCAAAGAUUGUGACGGGUGCCCUGCUGCUUCUCGUGGGAGUGUACCUGAUCGGAAAUGGAAUGCAGAAUCUGGGCGGAUCCUCCAACUGCAACGGCGGUACCGGCUACUAUGCUUUGUGUCCCAACAUUGACGCACCAAAGCCACUACCUUGGGCGCACCCCAAGCUUAUAGGUCUGGGUUUCAGCGUCUUUCUCAGCAUCAUCAUUGUCGAGCAAUUCGGCUCACCUCUGAUGAAGUCGGCCGCAGUCUUGAUCGGUCUGGCUGUCGGCUGCACUAUCUCUGGAGCCACUGGGUACUGGUCACGCGAAAACAUUGACGCAGCCCCUGUGGUCACUUUUCUCUGGGUUCACACCUUCAAACUUUCAGUCGACGGAGCAUUGGUGCUUCCAUUGCUCAUCAUGUUCAUCUGUGAAGCAGUGAGCUGUAUGCCUGAUAUAUUGGCCACGGCGGAAAUCUCCGGAGUUGAAGUCGAGGGCACACAAUUUAACAGCCGCAUCCAAGGAGGUAUCCUCUGCGACGGCCUAGGGAGUUUGAUCAGCGCGCUGGGAACAGGAUUGCCCAUGGUCUCUCAAGCGGGAAACAACGGCACGAUUGUGCUUACGGGCUGUGCGUCACGACGCGCUGGAUGGGCAGCUUCCGUCUUCCUCGUUCUCAUGGGGUUUUUCGCAAAAUUCGGUGCCGUCUUCUCCGCGAUGCCUCCGUCGGUGCUUGGUGGUAUGCAGUGCUUUCUUUACAGCACCAUCGCCGUGGCAGGUAUUCGCGUGCUUGGCUUGAUUGACUUCACCCGGCGCAACCGAUUCAUCUUGACUGUGUCUUUGGGUAUUGGUUUUAUCGACAUUGUGCAGCCUACAUGGUUUGAUCAGGUGCUGGACUACAGUGGCAACAAUGUCCAUCUUCAGGGGUUUGAGCAGGGUAUCAAUCUCAUUGUCGAGACGCCCUUCAUCAUUGCGGCCCUUGUCGGAGUAUUCCUCAAUCUGGUAUUGCCUAACGACAGGAGUAUGAUGGACGAUAUGAUGCUAGCUCGAAAUUCGAAGGGGGAGGUCACAAGUCUGCCACACAGCGAGGAAUGAAACAGUCGAAAAUUUGAGAUAGCAUGCUGAAGGGCGGGCACUUUUCCAUCCGAGGUCCUCGUUCAGUAGUGUUGGAUCACGUCAAGGAAAAGUCACAGUAAGAACGUCAGGUCUGCGUCUGACAUCCGUCAUCCGGUCUCCAUUGUGAGUAUGUAGUCAGACGCAUGAAACAAUCAAUGAAUUUGCACAUGA